UGCUCCCCGCUGCCCGCGCCCGGCUCCGCGCCCCCGCCGCCGCCCAUGGUGCUGCCCGGCCCGCCCAGCAUGUCCCGCUCCGAGGAGGUGCACCGCCUCACCGAGAAUGUCUACAAGACGAUCAUGGAGCAGUUCAAUCCCAGCCUCAGGAAUUUCAUUUCUAUGGGGAAGACCUAUGAAAAAGCCUUAGCAAGUAUGACAUACGCAGCAAAAGGAUACUUUGAUGCUCUGGUUAAGAUGGGAGAGUUGGCCAGUGAAAGCCAAGGAUCUAAAGAGUUGGGAGAUGUGCUCUUCCAGAUGGCAGAAGUCCACAGGCAGAUCCAGAACCAGCUGGAGGAGAUGCUCAAGUCCUUCCACAACGAGCUCCUGACGCAGCUGGAGCAGAAGGUGGAGCUGGACUCCCGGUACCUGAGUGCUGCGCUGAAGAAGUACCAGACAGAGCAAAGGAGCAAGGGGGACUCGCUCGACAAGUGCCAGGCAGAGCUGAAGAAACUUCGGAAGAAGAGCCAAGGCAGCAAAAACCCCCAGAAGUACUCUGACAAGGAGCUGCAGUACAUCGAAGCCAUCAGCAACAAGCAAGGCGAGCUGGAAAACUACGUCUCUGACGGCUAUAAGACAGCUCUUACGGAAGAGAGGAGACGAUUCUGCUUCCUGGUAGAGAAACAAUGUGCAGUAGCAAAGAGCGCGAUCACCUACCACGCCAAGGGGAAGGAGAUGCUGACGCAGAAGCUGCCACUAUGGCAGCAGUCCUGCUCGGAUCCCAACAAGAUCCCGGACCGCGCUAUACAGCUGAUGCAACAGAUGGCUGCCAGCAGCAAUGGCACCAUCAUGCCCAGCCCUCUGUCUACAUCCAAAUCCAACCUCAUCAUCUCUGACCCUAUCCCUGGUGCCAAACCUCUCCCUGUCCCCCCGGAGCUGGCACCUUUUGUAGGACGCAUGUCGGCGCAGGAGGCCAUGCCGGUGAUGAACGGAGUCUCAGGCCCAGACAGUGACGGGUACAACCACUGGUCUGAGAUGAAGCCAGCACAGCCCAAAUCUUUAUCUCCUCCCCAGCCUCAGAAGCAGCUGAGUGACUCUUACUCCAAUACACUCCCAGUUCGCAAAAACGUGCCACCGAAAAACAGCUACGCAUCAGCUGAAAACAAGACGCUGCCACGCUCCAGCUCCAUGGCCGCAGGGCUUGAGAGGAACGGCAGGACGAGGGUGCAGGCCAUUUUCUCUCAUGCUGCUGGAGAUAACAGCACCCUCCUGAGCUUCAAGGAGGGUGACCUCAUCACGCUGCUGGUGCCAGAGGCCAGGGACGGCUGGCAUUACGGAGAGAGUGAGAAAACAAAAAUGAGGGGCUGGUUUCCUUUCUCCUACACACGGGUCCUCGACAGUGAUGGCAGUGAGCGGGUCCAUACCAGCCUGCAGCAAGGGAAGAGCAGCAGCACCGGCAACCUGCUGGACAAAGACGACAUCGCUAUCCCACCGCCCGACUAUGGCAUGGGCUCCCAAGCCUUCCCAGCGCAAGGCGUCAACACCUUCAAGCAGAGGCCGUACAGCGUGGCCGUGCCCGCCUUCUCCCAGGACUACCUAAUGCCCUAUGGUUGUGCAAUUAAAGACUAUUCCAGUGGCCUCUGCCAACCACCCUCCGCUCACUACAAGCCUUACACUAGGUCAACAGCUGGUCUUGACGACUAUGGGACAAGGUCCGUCAGCAGAAACCCCUUUGCCAAUGUCCAGCUGAAGCCAACGGUGACGAACGACCGCUCAGCUCCGCUCAUCAGCUGAUCUGGGAGCGCUGGCGCCCGUCAUGCCACGCGGCACUUGCCGCCCCCUCCUCGCUGCUGCAUGUCCGGCUUUCCAGGACUUCAUUUUUAGGCGGAAUUUAUUUAAUCCUGCUGCUUUGAAAGCCAAAGGCUAAACUAGUGCCCUAGUUCUCUCUUCUCUAGGCCCAAUUUAUUCCUCUCCAUGGCAGAGGGUUAAACUGCUGCUGUGUAGCCCGUCCUUUGCCUGGGCAGAACUAGCACGAUGGCAGCCCCCUGCAGUCCCAGCAUGUCCCACUGCAGGGUUUGCUUCUAGCCUUAGCAGCACCUCGCUGUGAUUGGGAGAAUGGCUUCAGCUCUCCAGAGGCGAGCUGUGCUUCGGGCUCGUGUGGGGUGGAGGGCUGAUGGCAGAGGGGAGAUGCUUCCCCUCGCUCCCCCCCUGCCCGGCUGGGAGGGACCCCUGGGACAGGCAGGAUAGCCUAGAUCCCUCGUGCAAGCCAAGGGGGUGGUGGGAGCCAUAGGCAGCUCCCAGGCUCCUGUGAGACCCCUGGGCUGGGAGGGGGAGGGACGCUGGCUGUGGGGUGCUGGCACUGCAGCCCCCCGUGGGGAUGGGGACAGCUCCCCUCCUAGAGCUCCUGCAGUGCCAGGUCUCUGUAUAUAGUAGGGUAUUACGGUACUGCUGUAAAAUAUAAGCUAGAAAAAAACCAAACAAACAAAACCCAACACUUUUGGAGGUGAGGGCUAUGUUAAAGCGUGCCUUGGGGUGCCCGGGGCCAUGGGGUGCCUGGUGGUUGAAGGGAUGCUCCCCUCAAACAGACUCUCCUGUCCAGACCUCUUGCUUGGCUCUUUGCUCUUCCUCUAUUACUAGGGCUGCAUGAGAGAGAGAGAGAUAAAUAUAUAUAGAUAUGUAUAUAUGCUCACAGUUGCUAAGCUUAUUGCUGGGGUGUGCGCCCCUGAGCGAACUGGUGCCUGGGCUGUUCCCGCAGCCCCCAGCUGCCGCUGCACCCUGAGCCGAGCCGGCACGGGGGAGAUUGCAGCCCUUCUACAGGCACAGGGAAGAGAGGUUUUCCAGGCAGGAGCCAUGUCUCCCAUGGGUGAGCGGUUAUGUGCCAGGCAGCGCGGGGGAGGCUGCACCCUCAGAGGUUUCGCUUUUUCCAUUGUAUUUGUCGUUUUUGCACUUUUUAAUCAGUAGUGCACCACGGCCUGUUCAGUGGGUGCUUUCCUGAGCACAGAGAGUCCCAGGCGCGUGGGUCGCUGCCGGUGGGUUUCUGUGCACGCAGGGCUCUUUCCCAGUCAGAUGCGAUGGCUCAUCGCUGCCAUAUCCCCUCUGAUGGUUUUUUUUUUUCCCACUCUGUCGCAGGAAAGCGGCAUCACCUGCGACUGCCUGGGCUCUGGCUGUGCGCAAGGGCUGGGUCCUUUGGUCGAUGUGCCUCUUCUUCCUCUCCUGGGGCCGGAGCAGAUGGAUGGGGGACCAGAUGGGGCAGGGGUGAGGGGAAGGGCUCUUCUGGGGCGUGGGGCGGCAGGUGGGAGAGGGCUGGGGGCUCACAGCCCGGGGGGGGGGGGGGCAGGUCUGGGGUCCCCUUGGCCACCAGACCAGUGUUGUCCUCUUCCAGCCCCAUGCCAGGGGCUGCUGCCCUCCCCCAGGACUCCCGGGCAGCCACCUCAGGCUUCAGCCAGCCCCCGGGGCUUCACUGCGCCUCCUGGCUUGGUGGCACCUGCAAGAUGCAAUCUGAAAUAAUUUUUUAUGAGAAAAAGUAAUUUAUGAACAAUAAAAUUCCCCACACAACACACACCCCUCCCACCCCCCCAGUGUUUUCCUUGGCCGGAGGUAUGCGCCUGGCUCCAGAGCACCACUGGUCUCCAUCCCGAGCAGCCCCAGUCCCAGCACUGGGCUGGUGCGCAGCGUCCGGCCCUGUGCAGGGCGAGAGCUGGCAGCUGCCUGCGUGCCGGGCAAUGAUCUGGGCAGCAAACGGCUUAACGUAUUUUAAAAACUUUAUUAUUAUUGGCCCGAUGAUAUCUGACACACAUGCUGGGAGCUGUAUGGAAAUCAGCACUGAUAAAAAAUACAGCAGUUAUGACCCGUAUUGAUAAAAUAGACAAUGUAAUAAUAGCCUUUCUAUUAAAAAAAAUAUCCAAGACA